UCCAGAGACCAUAUUGGCGAAAGUAUAGUGGACUUUCGCCAAUUGGCGAAGCUCCACCGAAUGUAUUGGUGAAAGUACAGUGGACUUUCGCCAUUGGCGAAAGUCCUAUUGGCGAAAGUCUUAUUGGCGAAAUUCCGGAACCCCAUUGA